GCUGCUCGGCUGGGCUCGGCUCGGCUGCGCGGCUCAGCUCGGCUCGGCUCGGCAGCGCGGCCGCGGACGGGCGUGCGCUGGGGGCGCGGGGCGCGGGGCGCGGGCCUCGGCGGCGGCGGCGGCGGCGGCGGCGGCGGAAGCCUGGUUCCCCCCGCCCGCCCUGUCUUGACGAGGCGGAGGCAUCACCCCGGCCGGGCCUCAGACGGGCGCGGCGCGAGCGGCGCGAGCAGCGCGGGGGGCGGCGGGGCGCGGCGGGGGCGCAAAGCAGUGCGGCCCUCCCGGGGGCGCCGCCGGCCGGGUCAGCGCGGACGGCACUCGGCGGACGCGGACGCACGGCUGGCCGGCCCCUCCCUGCCCGCGCCCGGGCGCCCACUCGCCGGCGCGGGGCCCGGGAGCGAUGACAUCGACGGGGAAGGACGGCGGCGGGGCGCAGCACGCGCAGUAUGUGGGGCCCUACCGGCUGGAGAAGACGCUGGGCAAGGGUCAGACAGGCCUUGUGAAGCUGGGAAUCCACUGUGUCACGUGCCAGAAAGUCGCCAUCAAAAUCGUCAACCGUGAGAAGCUGAGCGAGUCUGUGCUGAUGAAGGUGGAGCGCGAGAUCGCCAUCCUGAAACUCAUCGAACACCCACAUGUCCUGAAGCUGCAUGACGUCUAUGAGAACAAAAAAUAUUUAUACCUGGUGCUAGAACACGUGUCCGGGGGGGAGCUGUUCGACUACCUGGUGAAGAAGGGGAGGCUGACCCCCAAGGAGGCCCGCAAGUUCUUCCGGCAGAUCAUCUCCGCGCUGGACUUCUGCCACAGUCACUCCAUAUGCCACAGGGACCUGAAGCCAGAGAACCUGCUGCUGGACGAGAAGAACAACAUCCGGAUCGCAGACUUCGGCAUGGCGUCCCUGCAGGUGGGGGACAGCCUCCUGGAGACCAGCUGCGGAUCCCCCCACUAUGCCUGCCCGGAGGUGAUCCGGGGGGAGAAGUACGACGGCCGCAAGGCGGACGUGUGGAGCUGCGGCGUGAUCCUCUUCGCCCUGCUGGUGGGGGCGCUGCCCUUCGACGACGACAACCUGCGGCAGCUGCUGGAGAAGGUCAAGCGCGGGGUGUUCCACAUGCCGCACUUCAUCCCGCCCGACUGCCAGAGCCUGCUGCGCGGCAUGAUCGAGGUGGACGCGGCGCGGCGCCUCACGCUAGAGCACAUUCAGAAACACAUAUGGUAUAUAGGAGGCAAAAAUGAGCCUGAGCCAGAGCAGCCCAUCCCCCGAAAGGUGCAGAUCCGUUCACUGCCCAGCCUGGAGGACAUYGACCCCGACGUGCUGGACAGCAUGCACUCCCUGGGCUGCUUCCGAGACCGCAACAAGCUGCUGCAGGACCUGCUCUCUGAGGAGGAGAACCAGGAAAAGAUGAUUUAUUUCCUCCUCCUGGACCGGAAAGAACGGUACCCCAGCCAUGAGGACGAGGACCUACCCCCCAGGAAUGAGAUAGACCCUCCCCGGAAGCGUGUGGACUCCCCGAUGUUGAACCGGCACGGCAAGCGGCGGCCCGAGCGCAAGUCCAUGGAGGUGCUCAGCGUGACAGAUGGCGGCUCCCCGGUGCCUGCGCGGCGAGCCAUUGAGAUGGCCCAGCAUGGCCAGAGGUCUCGGUCCAUCAGUGGUGCCUCCUCGGGCCUGUCCACGAGUCCACUCAGCAGUCCCCGGGUGACCCCUCACCCCUCGCCGAGGGGCAGUCCCCUCCCUACCCCCAAGGGGACGCCCGUCCACACGCCAAAGGAGAGCCCAGCCGGCACGCCCAACCCCACACCGCCAUCCAGCCCAAGUGUUGGAGGGGUGCCCUGGCGGACACGGCUCAACUCCAUCAAGAACAGCUUCCUGGGCUCUCCCCGCUUCCACCGCCGGAAACUUCAAGUUCCCACACCCGAGGAGAUGUCCAACCUGACCCCGGAGUCCUCCCCAGAGCUGGCCAAGAAGUCCUGGUUUGGGAACUUCAUCAACCUGGAGAAGGAGGAGCAGAUCUUCCUCGUCAUCAAGGACAAGCCCCUGAGCUCCAUCAAGGCUGACAUUGUGCAUGCCUUCUUAUCGAUCCCUAGCCUCAGCCACAGCGUCAUCUCCCAGACGAGCUUCCGGGCUGAGUACAAGGCGACGGGAGGCCCGGCCGUGUUCCAGAAGCCCGUCAAGUUCCAGGUGGACAUCACCUACACGGAGGGUGGUGAGGCCCAGAAGGAGAACGGCAUCUACUCUGUCACCUUCACCCUGCUCUCAGGUCCCAGCCGCCGCUUCAAGAGGGUGGUGGAGACCAUCCAGGCCCAGCUGCUGAGCACCCAUGACCAGCCGUCUGCCCAGCACCUGUCAGAACCCCCCCCGCCAGUGCCAGGACUAAGCUGGGGUGCUGGGCUUAAGGGCCAGAAGGUGGCCACCAGCUACGAGAGUAGCCUCUGACGCUGGCAGACACCACUAACUGUAUGGAAAUGAUGACGGGGCAGCUUUCCAAAUGUGG